AUGACAGAGACUCGUGGAACUGAGCCAACUUUAUCGGAUCAAAAGGGAAUCUUGGUGACUUGCGUGCUGCUCGCUGUUAUCAUUAUAAUCGUUUCAUUGAUAUGCCAGCAUCGCAAUGCGCGACUCUUCGGUCGGACACCGCCAGGACCAUGGGGUCUGCCUCUAGUGGGCUAUUUACCAUUCCUGGACAAGAGUGCGCCCCAUAAGUCGCUACAGGCGCUGGCCAAACGCUAUGGCGGAAUCUAUCAGCUGAGCAUGGGCAAGGUGCGAGCUGUCGUCCUAUCGGAUGCGACUUUAGUGCGUGAGUUUCUGCGCCAUGAGGAGCUGACGGCACGUGCUCCACUCUAUGUGACGCACGGCAUUAUGAAAGGCUAUGGCAUCGUUGGAGCCGCCGGCACCAUCUGGAAAUACCAGAGACGUCAGCUCAUAGAUUGGCUUAAGGCGCUGGGCAUGACGCGCAAACAGUGCGAGACGCGUGCGCACCUGGAGCAGCGCAUUGGACGGCGCGUUAACGAGUGCCUCCAGUCAUACGAGACGGAAGCACUGAAAGUUGGCGUACUGGAUCCGCUGCCUGCGCUUCAACACUCACUGGGCAAUGUUAUCAAUGAUCUGGUCUUUGGCGAGACCUAUAAGCGUAACGAUCCCGACUGGCUAUAUCUGCAGCAGUUACAGGAGGAGGGUGUCAAACUGAUCGGCGUCUCGGCAGUGGUCAACUUUUUGCCCUGGCUUCGUCAUUUGCCGGGCAACAAGCGCAAUAUUCGCUUUCUACUCGAUGGAAAGGCCAAAACCCAUCAACUCUACGAUCGUAUUAUCCAACGUUGUGAGAAACAGAUGGAGCUGCAUAUGGAACAGCAACUGCCAGCCAAGCAGCCCCAAAGUAUACUCGACUGCUUUUUGGGUGAACGUCAACCGUUCUCGGAUCUCUAUUGCGAUGAUCAGCUGCGUCAUCUGUUGGCUGAUCUCUUUGGCGCCGGCGUGGACACCUCACUGGCCACACUCCGAUGGUUCCUGCUCUAUAUGGCACGUGAGCAGCGUUGUCAACAGCGUCUGCAGGAUGAGCUGCAGCAGCUCAGCGAGUUACCCACAUUAUCCGAACUAGACUCGAUUGUGUAUCUCCGUGCCUGCCUCUCCGAGGUGCAACGCAUCAGAUCCGUGGUGCCGCUGGGCAUACCACACGGCGUCGAGCGUGACAUUACUGUGGGCGACUACUUCCUCGAACGUGGGAGCAUGAUACUCAUACUGCAAUGGGCUAUCCACAUGAAUCCAGAGGUAUGGCCCGAGCCAGAGCAGUUCCGUCCGGAGCGGUUUAUCAAUGCUAAUGGCGAGUACACUGUUCCAGCGCAGUUUAUACCCUUCCAAACGGGCAAGCGUAUGUGUCCAGGCGAUGAGUUGGCUCGCAUGAUGCUCACCCUCUUCACAGGUCGCAUAUUGCGUCGCUUUCAUGUGCAGCUGUCCACUAAGGAGGAUGGGCAGGUGAGCAUGGAUGGUGAAUGCGGCAUCACCUUGACACCGACACACUACAAACUUCGUUUUGACUUGCUGAAAGAGACGAAAAUGCAGAAAGAGCUAAACGAAGACGAGUAGAAUAU